UCGUUUUCACCAACGUCCUUUCAACUGCUUUUCUUCGUUUUUCACAUGGCUCCAGUCAGGUCUGAUAGAAACAAGAAACCGAACUCGCGCCCCCGCCGCUCAGAUGGCUUCUGGCUGCACGACCGUUCUUCCAAUAAACCCGGCAACACGACCGAUGCUUUACAACCUCUUGCUCCAAAUACAAAACUCGUCGUAUCCAACUUACAUUACGAGAUUACACCGAAUAAUUUAGUGUCCAUUUUUGGACAAGUGGGCACGCUCGUUCGCGAGCCACUCAUCAGGUACGACCGCAGUGGACGUUCAUCGGGUGUUGCAAUCGUCACGUUCGAAACUGCCGAGGAGGCAGAACGAGCGAAGAAACAAUUUGAGGGUAAAAUCGCGAAAGGUCAACCAAUGGAAAUUGCCUUCGACACGACACCACCGAAACGGACGCGAUCAGCAAGUAUGCCAGGAGUCCCAACGUCGUCCCUCCUCAACAGAAUCGAACGCCCAUCUCUUGCCGAACGUCUAGACAAUGGUAAUGGGGCAACUCGGAAGACAGAUACGGCCGGCCCCCUUCGAAGACGUUCAGUGAGACCACCUAGGGGAGCCCCUGGAUCCCGUGGUGGACGUACUUCGCGACCAAGGCCGAAGACUGCAGAAGAGUUGGACCGAGAGCUCGAUGUGUUUAUGGGGGAGGAUGCUCAGGAAGGGACGGAUGCAGAGCCUGUUGCAUCAGCUCAAGACGUUGAGAUGGCAUGAAUGUCCAAGUAUUUUUCUUGUGUAUCUCGUUGAAGCAGGGCACUGUAGAUAGGCUUUGUUCUGUAGGCUGGGCUCGCCCCUCCAAACGGAGAGCUUCACAAUUUGAAUUCAUGAUGAUAGGCCUUAUGUAACAUGGUA